AUGGAUGCUCUGCGGAGGAAGUUUGUUCAACGAGGAAUGCUCACUGGUACCACCACCUCAUUCACAGAGGAUUUACUCAAUAUGCCAGACUGGGAGGAUGCUGAGGAUUCCUACCCAGACUUUAUACAGCCAGAGAGAGAGACUGAGAAUGAUCUUGGACCCUGUGACGACCAGAGUGGUGGUGUUUCAGUUCAUUUAGCAUACACUGCUGCUCGUGGGUAUCCUCACACAGUUGAAACCCUUUCUCGCCAUAUAAAUCAACCCAAAUUCCCCCAUGUCCUUCGACAGUUUCUCUUUGACCAGCUCAAUCCACACUCUGAUAUCUUUGGUGAAAGCCUAGAUAUUGACCAGUGUCCUCCAUUUAGCGAAAAAAUUACUGUGUUUCACUCUGCUGUGCUUACUUGCUUUGCACCCAGUGAUGAAUGUGGGAGCAAUGGAAUGUAUAGGGAACGCAUCCGCUCAACCCCACAUUGGCAUGGCAAGCGCCCUCGCAGAGAUACAGUGUUUGUACAGGUAGACGGCUCACUCCCAGGUGUUCUUGGCCUUGCAGUUGCUCGAGUACUCCUCUUUUUCUCCUUCAUCUAUAACAAGAAGAACUACCCAUGUGCACUGGUCAACUGGUACCUCCGGUCAGAUGAUGAGCCUGAUGAAGACACUGGAAUGUGGGUUGUAGAACAGGAAGUGCAAAGAGAUGGAAGACCCACUUUAGCUGUAAUUCAUCUGGAGUCAAUUGCCCACUCUGCGCAUCUUCUCCCCCGCUUUGGUAUAGAUGCUCUUCCAGAAAACUUCCAUCACUCCCAGUCUCUUGAUGUAUUUGAAUCAUAUUAUAUUAACAAGUUUGCAAAUCAUAGAAUGUUUAGUUUUUUAUCUAGCAAUUGA